AUGAAUACUUCUUCACUGAGGUGGAGCUUUCUUUUGGAUAUUUUGCAACUGAGGCAGCUUUUUGGGAGUGCUGUGCCUGCUUUUCCUCCAAAGUUUUACCUUGCAAUGACCAAGUUGGUGGCAGAUGAGAGACGCUCUCAGCUGGAGCAGAACCUUCAGAAUGCUAAGCUUGUUACUUUGAAUUCAAAUAUUACCAAUAGUGAUGUCUUCAUAGUUUUUUUCUGAAAGCUAUAGUAGGAUACAUUUCAGAUCCAAACUCAGAGAGCCUUUUUGGAUGUCUACCUUGCUGAUGGCAGCAAUAUUAGACUCGAUAUCCAGACAUCGGACACUAGCUGGAGGUGUUUGGGGAUUGGCACCAUUUGGAAGAAGACUGAAAAGUGGUACUUCCACCUUAUGCUCAGACAAAGAAAGUCCACCUUCUCUGACCCAAGCAUGACUCCUCUGUCAGAUUACAUCAAGCAAGAUGGAGCUGUCAAGAGAAUAAAAUACUUUAGCUUAUUUUUCUUUCAAGAUCAUGAUGCUGGAGGACUCUCAGUGGUGAAAAAAGUGGCAGACUUUGAACUUCCUUAUGUGAGUCUUCAGAGCAUGAAAGACUUGCACUGUAAGCUUGGGAUCAGAAAGUGGUAUAUGGAUCCUUCUCUAGAUACACUGCUGAUGGAUUGUAGAGCUUAUGCAAGUAAAACUGAAAGGUCUUGGCAGGCAAUCCAGGAAGUUAAGUGGAAUUGGAUUAAACCAACAGAAAGGCAGAUGCAGGAACUUGAAUUUCUAAAAAUUGUCAACAAAGCAAAGUUCUUGGAACUGAUAUAAGAAACAAAAUUCUAUCGAUAUGUAUGGCUUGAUCCUUGCACUUGUGACUAUUCAGUAGAAGGCUGCUCAGCUGACAUCUAUGUCGGCAAUGAUGAGAUUAACUGUACUAACCAACCCAAAGAGGUCAGCUUUAAAAUCAACGGGUUAAGAAGUUGGCAAGUUACUGUUCUUGAUGUUAUAAAGGAUGGUGAAGGCAACACUCUGGAGCUCAGACUUGAAUACAACGAUUCAGGCAGUUGGCAGUGGAUAAUUUUGUACACAAACAGGUCAGCCUUUUUGCUCAGUAGCUGCUUGAAGAAAAUGACAUCAGAACAGAUGAUGAAGACAGCCAAAGAAAGCCAAGAGAUGGUGAGUGUUCUGUUUAGGAGAACAAGAUGCCUGAAUAGUAAGAAAUCCAGCAUCCAACAAAAGCAGGUGGUUUAUUCAGAUUUCAUAUCAAGAAAAAGAUUUCUGGUUAGGCCAAAUGAAGAGGACUGUGUAUUUAAGAAAAUAAGAGAAGAGGACCUGUGAUAAUUUUAGAUGCUGUCUUUCAAAAUGAAUUGUCUGGGAACAAUAAACCCAUAGCUGAAACCUCAACUUAUAAGGGGGGAAAAAAAAAUCUUCAGUAUAAGUCCUUGCCUUUGCAGUGUUCUCUACAGUAUUUAUAUCUCCAGUGAACCAGUUCUAAUGGAUGCUGAGAAUCUGGGGACUUCUUGCUUUUUUUUUUUUAUCAUCCAAGACUGCAAUUGCUGGGGCAGAAAGGGGAGGGUAAAUUAAAAAAAAAGGUGCCAUGGAUGUUAGAGGAGGAAAAAGCAUUUAGAUAUCUGUUUAUAACGUUUCUAUGAGUAUUGGUGUAAUCAAUGGGAUGGCUGAGCAGGCUCUUGUCACCUUGACACGGUCUGGUAAAAAGCACAUAUUUCCUAUGAUCCUUCCCCUUAACAGGACUAGUCAUCCUUUUCAA